GAGACAGGAGGGGGAAGAGGAGCACCGAGACGGCCCCCGCGUGAUUGAUGGGCGGCUCCUCCGCCCUAGACCGGCCCGCCUGCCCCGCCCCUCGGCCCCUUCAGCCCUCGCAGGUGGGGAAGGACUGACCCGCCAGGUUGGGGAUUAAGGAUCAUGUUGCACGAAGCAAGGGACAGGCAGAAGUUCGUGAGUGAUGUUCAGUAUCUGCGGGACAUGCAGCACAAAGCGGACUCUGAAUAUCAGGCUUGUCUGAGACGACAGGAAUACAGAAGAGACCCAAAUGAGAAGAAACAAGAUCAAUUUGGGGGGCAAGAGACAAAUUUGGAGAGACCCCGGUUUUCAACUGGGUCAUCUUCCAAACAGAGUUCUGGUGAGGAGGAUUCUGUAGCCGAACCAAGACUUUCCACCAAGAGUUCUGCGGUCAAGGGUGAUUCCAGACUUCCGGCAAUUGACCAAACAUCAGUCAAACAGAAACAUAAAAGUACCAUGACCCCACGGAAACCGGAGAAGGUGGGCCCCAGCAAACCCUCUUCAGCAGCCCAGGCACCACAAAUUUUAUCAAGGAAGAGGAGGCCAAACCUGGGGAGACUGACAGUCAGCCCAGAAACGCAGAGCCCAAGAGUGCCAGGGGACAGGAGCAGACAGAAAUCGCAGCUGCCAGUGAAGUCACCGGCCCUCAGGGGACCAGAUCCAAUAGUUCAACAAGAGGGCCCAGUGUGGGCCAGUGGCACCAAGCUGAAGAGGCCAACUCAAGAGAGAAGACACUUAGUCCCAUCUUCACAGCUAAUGACUAUGACUGAGAAUACCUCUGAGAGAGCCAAAAAAGGAGACUCAAGUGUUCUUUCUCAGAAUGAGCCACAUUCAGGCCUAUCUCAGGCCUUCCUAGGAACAAACAGCCCUCAAGUGUCGAGUGAGUCCUUGGGGCCCCCACUCCUAACCACCACCAUGGGAGGGUCAAGAAGGGCACCAUUUAGGUUCAGAGAUGAAGAUUCUUAUUCCAUUUUAUCAUUAAACCCUGGAGGAGAAAAUAAUGACACUGAGGAGGAGACCCUCAUAGAGGAAGAACUUUUGUUGGUUGGUAUGCACCGGCCUCGUUCUCCUCCCAGUCAUAAGAGAAGUCGAUUUCUUGGGACGUGGGCCACUCAGGCCAAAAGUAAAAAUUUUGAAGACAGUCCUGAAAAUUGCAGAGCAAAUUCGGUAAGAAGAACUGAGUCCAGUCGUGGCUCAUUAAGAAUGAGCAAUGCAAUGGAACCAGUGACAGAACAGCUUCCUGUGGGGGCAAGGGUGUCUCAAGACCUCAAGCCACCUGGUGGAGGGUCUCCUAACGAGAAUGACAGUGGUGACAGUGAACAUGAGAAAAGCACCUUUCCUUCAUGGGACACCAAAUCCACAGCUAGUCUAGAUGAUGACCUCAGUGCUGAAAAUGGAUUUAGAGACUGUACCUCCACGGAAGACAGGCCUGGUAUCCGUGAUUAUGAAAGAGAUUGGCAUGCCUACUUAAGCAGUUCUAGUAAUUCUCUUGACUGUUUUCUCUCUGGUAGACCAACAGCUCCAAGAUCACCAGUGAGUUUAUCUUAUAACACUCCUGGAUCAUUAAUGCAUUCUGCCAUGAGAGAUGAUAUUCCAGUAGACUUGUCGAUGUCGUCUACAUUUAUUCACAGUUCAGACUCAGAGGGAAAUUCAAGGUUUAAUGUUCGCCGACCAUUGUCCCCUAUUAGAAAUAGGAAUCCACUCGCCAGUGCUGAGAACCGCGGUUAUUUUCCAGUAAAUAGUGCACAUGAAUUUGAUGUCAGGGGAGCAGAAGAUAUUCCUUUAACGAACCCAUCCCAGGGGGCUCUAGAAUAUACGGAAGAGCUCUUACUAAAUCAUCAAAGCAACUUGUCCUUGGGGGAGUCUUCUAGCUCCUCACCAUCAAGAAUGAACUUACAAGGCCAUUUGCACGUGCCUGGGUCCCUGCAAGAAAAUAUGCCUUUUACUUUCUUUGCGGUCUCUAAUUUCCCAAAUCAAAGUGAUAACGGGAACAGAAUGGCAGCCUCUGCUUUCACAGAUGAAAAGGAAGCCAAUAAGAUAAAGGCAGACUCUGAGAAACUCAAGAAACUGCAAGAAAGUCUCCUGGAGGAGGACUCAGAGGAGGAGGGAGACUUGUGUCGCAUCUGUCAGAUAGCCGGGGGUUCCCCAACCAACCCCCUCCUGGAGCCUUGCGGCUGUGUGGGAAGCCUGCGGUUUGUUCAUCAGGAGUGCCUGAAAAAGUGGCUGAAAGUGAAAAUAACAUCAGGAGCGGAUCUAGGUGCCGCGAAGACCUGCGAAAUGUGUAAGCAAGGCCUGCUGGUCGAUCUGGAUGAUUUUAACGUGACCGACUUCUACCACAAACACCAGCAAUCCCGGGCACAAAAUGAGCUGAUGAACUCAGGCUUGUACCUGGCGCUCCUGCUUCACCUCUAUGAGCAGAGGUUUGCAGAACUCAUGAGACGCAACUACAACCGAGUCAUCAGAGAGAGGAUUCCGAGCUGGGGGAUGGAAACGAAAGCAACGGCCACGUUGUCUAGCAAGGGAGCUGGCCCUGGAGCUCUGCAAAGACAUCGCCCCACAGCCGCUUCUUCUACAUCCCCGUAUGCCUCCUUUCCUCCUCCUCCUCCUGUUUACUGA